AAAAAAGAAGUUAUUCGCGCGCGUAGAAUGCAUCGAUGAAUCUUGUAACAUAAUAGAACUUAGUUUGCCUAGCUUUUCGAUACACGUGUUUUGUUUUUGUUCUUAACAUUUUUUUAAGGAUACUAUUUCUUCGUAGGAACUUACAGCAUUUAAUUUUACCCCUUUCGAUUGUCAUUACAGAAGUCCGACAUCGAUGAAUCCACAUAAUGAAGCUUCAGUGCGAUGUUGAAGUGGUAAAUCGGAUGCUGCCCACCUAUGGGAUGAAAAGCCGAGGGAAAGGAGCAAGGGCUGUGUUGUCGAUCGGGAGACAUUUGGACAAGGUUACCCAGCGUACAAAUAUUUAUCUGUUGAUAUGCACAGCAAAGGACAAGGCGGGUUCUAAAUAUAAGUUGAAGGAGAAUAUUGAAAAGUUUUUCACUUGGUUUGUGGAGGAAGGCAAGGCCACUGUGAGACUGAAGGAACCAGCUGUGGAUGUCUGCUUGAGUAAGGCUGAUGCUAACAGCCUGAAGAACUUCCUCUCAGCUGCCAGGCUGGCCCACAGAGGAAGCGAAAAUGACACGCUUCCAUUGUCUACCCUCACACCUGUCCGGGCCCGGGAUGUGGAGAAGCCCAAGAAGAAGCUGACCAUCGUGUCCAAGAAGGACUAUCCCCACACCUCCAACUUCCCCUACUCUCUGGAGCAGCUGCAGGUGUCCUACUGCAAGCUGUCCCGAGUGGACAUGCGCAUGCUCUCCCUCAAGUGUCUGCGCAGGCUGGACCUCAGCAACAACCACAUCAAGAAACUGCCGGCCACCAUUGGGGACCUGGGCUGCCUGGCUGAGCUAGUCCUCCACAACAACCACCUGGAGGCCUUCAGCGAGGCCCUGUGUCUGUCCAGCCUGCGGCGCACCCUCCAGCUCCUGGACCUGAGUCACAACUGUCUCCAGGGCCUCCCGGCCCAGUUCUGCCAGCUGCGGGAGCUGGUCAACCUCAAGCUGGACCACAACCGGCUCCUGCGGCUGCCCUUCCAUAUCGGCCAGCUCUCCAAGCUGCGCUUCCUCUCGGCCGCCCACAACAAGCUGCCCUUCCUGCCCGGCAACUUCCGCCAGCUAUCUCUGGAGAACUUGGACCUCUUUGGCAACCCCUUCGCCCAGCCAAACCCUCUGGACCACACCAUCCAGCUCACAUUCCCCCUCACACUCCAGGAGAUGGCCUCUCGUGCUGUGAUCAACCUCAGAAUCCCCUACGGGCCGCGUGUCCUGCCUGCCCACCUGUGCCGGGAGCUGGAGCUGGCCAAGGCCUGCGACUGCGGCCGGGCCUGCCUUGGCUCCUACAUCCAGACGGCGGUCAACGUGAACCUGCACUCGGUCUCCCACACGGUGGUGCUGGUGGACGACAUGGGGGGCACGGAGGCCCCCGUUCAGCGUCAUUUCUGCUCCCUCACCUGUUACUCUGAGUUCCUGGACUGCUGCCUGCAGCGCAGUCUGAGAUGAUAUCGCCGGGGCCGGGGACCGCCUGCCGGCGUCGCGCGCGUACGGCACCGGGCAUCAGAGGCAGCAAGCCAGUUUAAGGCAUCACGAUGGACCGCAUCGAGUACCUGCGCACUGUCGGGUGCCAUCACCCCUCACCGAUUUGGCAGCUGCUGAGGCAUGCAUGCUCAUUCCAGAAGUGCAUUAGCCGUUAAUCGGACAAGCAUCAAGAGGCUUUUGAUGUAGCUGCUGGAGCAAAACAGAGAGCGCUCGCUGGACAGUUAGCCCAGUUCACUAUGUGAACUCUUAACAGGGAGUGAAAACAGUGCACUGCUUUUACACUCGUUGAUGGAAGAGUUUGAAUGGCAGCUUUGGAAAUAGGUCAAGGGAAAUUAAACAACACUUUCAUGCAGUAUUUGUUUAUUCUUUCCCAUGAACAAUGUCUUUCACUGUUUAUGCAACCAUGUUCAAUUUCCGAUAUUGAGCAGUACCAAUGAAUUCGCUGAAUGUCUUGAAUGUGUCUAAAUGGUCUUUCCUAAGUGUUCUGCAUGCAGUGGUGUAAGCAUUAAACUGGGAAGCAUUCUGUGGUUCUCCAGAAUUGCUUACAACUUCAGAUCAGUUGAAAGCAGUGUUCUUUUGUGCAUUACUGGGGUUUCUUGCAAGUCACUCUUGUGUUUUACCAUUGUAUUAAUUUAUGUUUGUCAGAUAUUAAAUUAAAAUGUCAUUA